AUGGCAGAGGAAUCAUUGAAAAUGACACCGGCAGAGUUCCUGGCCAUCGGGCUUGACAUAACAAGGGGGAAAAAUCAUUGGGAGUACUUGAAAGAAGGCGCAAAUCAAGAGCGAUUUCGAAAGGCAUUCGGAGCGGCUACAUUGACUUGUUCGCAAAUGUGGAAUGAUCUUGUGAUUCGUGGAGAGGUAACAAAGUCGAUGCCAACCAGAUACUUUCUUCUUGCUCUUCGAUACCUCAACACCAAUGAUACUCAAGAUGAUUUGAUGAUUCUUUUCAAGAUUGGCAGCAAGCACACCAUCAAAACGUGGACCGACGCCUUCGUUCGCAAAAUUCAGCUGCUACUGAAAGACAAGACUAUCAGUUGGGAGCAAGCAGAUGAAGGAUUCAUCUUCUUCAUGACUGUCGAUGGGACACAUUGUCGGAUUGAAGAGCCUCGUCCUUUCUCAAAAGAUUGGUCAAGCCACAAGUUUGGGGGGAAAGCUGCGUUGAACUACGAAGUCGGACUGAGUAUCCACAAAGCAAAGCUUGUUUGGUUGUAUGGUCCAACUCCGCCAGGCAAACACAACGAUCUCGAGGUUGCUCGUUUGAAACUCUUUCCUACAAUGAGAGUGUACAACGAGCAACAUUCAAAGGAGCCAGGUCUGAGAAUCCUUGCUGAUGGUAUCUUCCAAGUCAAGGCCGAAGAGGAUAUCGUCUCAACUAACAACGAGUUUGAUCCCAAAGAGCUCUCCAAGUUCAAAGAUAGAGCCCAAUCGCGACAAGAAGAAUUCAACAAUCUGCUGAAGAAGUGGAAGGUGCUCGACACCGUGUUUCGGUAUGAGCAAGGCACCGACUUUCAAGAUCAACACAAGGCUUGCUUCGAAGCAGUCACAGCUAUUGUUUGCUACUCUCUCAACAACAACACCAGCAGCCUCUUCGUAUCUGACUAG